AUGGCUAAGAGAACAAAGAAGGUCGGUAUCACAGGUAAAUACGGUGUCCGUUAUGGUUCAUCAUUGAGAAGACAAGUUAAGAAGCUUGAAAUUCAACAACAUGCCAGAUAUGACUGUUCCUUCUGUGGUAAGAAGACUGUUAAGAGAGGUGCAGCUGGUAUUUGGACUUGUUCCUGUUGUAAGAAGACCGUUGCCGGUGGUGCUUAUACUGUUUCUACUGCAGCUGCCGCUACUGUUAGAUCUACCAUCAGAAGAUUAAGAGAAAUGGUUGAAGCUUAA